AUCGCUUGACUUAUCAUGGCCGCUCUCGCCAGCAACGGUAACGGGUCCACGGAGAAGGUCGAGGCGGCAAUGGAGAACAUGUCGGUCAACGAGCCUGCAAAGGGUGAGCUCGAGACCGUGAUCGGUAUCGACCUCGGGACGACCUUCAGCUGCGUGGCUGUGUGGGACGAGGCUGCGGGAAGGCCAAUUGUGCUGACCAACUCCACUGGCGCCAAGACGAUGCCCAGCUACGUGUCCUUCACCGACCAGGCGCGUGUGGUUGGGCAGCCUGCCAAGAGCCAGGCAGCCUCCAACCCCGCCAACACCGUGUACGAUGUCAAGCGGAUCAUCGGGCGGUCGUGGAAUGACCAGGUAGUGCGGGACGACGCCAAGUCCUUCCCCUUCCGAGUCGUGGACGGCGGGAACGGCCGCCCCAAGGUGGAGGUGUCAUGGCUCGGGGCCAAGAAGCAGAUGGCGCCCGAGGAGGUGUCGGCCAUGGUGCUCGUGGAGCUCAAGCGCGUCGCCGAGAAGGCCCUCGGCAAGGCGUGCACCGCUGCCGUCAUCACCGUCCCGGCCCACUUUAACGACCAGCAGCGCCAGGCGACCAAGGACGCCGGCCGCAUCGCGGGCCUAGACGUACGCCGUAUCAUCAACGAGCCCACCGCCGCCGCCUUGGCGUACGGCCUCCACGGCAAGAAGGACACGAUGGACUCCGGGAUCGCGGGCUCCAACGUGGUCAUCUUCGACCUGGGGGGCGGGACCUUCGAUGUCAGCGUGCUCUCCAUGGAGGGAGGCGUGUUUGAGGUCAAGGCCACGGGCGGCGACACCCACCUUGGUGGCGAGGACUUCGACAACAACAUGGUGGACUGGGCCGUGGCGGAGUUCGAGAAGAUCCACGGCGCCGGCAGGGCCAACAAGCUCAAGAGCAACGCCCGCGCCAUCCGGCGCCUGCGGACAGCGUGCGAGAACGCCAAGCGCUCGGUUUCCUCCGCGCCCACCACCACCCUCGAGGUGGAGAGUCUUCUUGACGACGCGGACCUGUCGAUCGAGCUUUCGCGGGAAAAGUUCGAGUCUCUCAACGACGAGCUGUUCACCAGGUGCAUCAACACGGUCACGACCGUGCUGAAGGACGCGUCGCUGACGAUCGGCGACGUGACGGACGUCGUUCUGGUUGGCGGGAGCACCCGAGUGCCCGCCCUCCAGGACAGGCUCAAGGCGCUCUUCGGCGGCAGGAUCGAGCUGUGCCGAAGCAUCAACCCUGAUGAGGCUGUAGCGGUGGGCGCGGCAGUGCAGGGCCACAUCCUCGCUGCCGGUGACGCGCGGACGGGGGGCGCCGACCUCGCGGGCACGACCGACCUCCUCCUGCUGGACGUGACGCCCCUUUCCCUGGGCAUCGAGCUCGAGGGCCGCGAGAUGUCGGUGCUGAUCAAGCGCAACACCACCAUCCCUUGCCGCAAGUCGCGGUCGUACACCACGGUGGAGGACUGGCAGACGUCCAUCGACGUCGUUGUGUACGAGGGCGAGCGCCGUUCUGUGGACACGUGCAACAAGCUCGGGGAGUUCACCAUUACCGGUGUGGAACGGGCGCGCAAGGGGGAACCCAAGGUGGAGGUAACCUUCGCCUUGGACGCCAACGGCAUCCUGGCCGUAACGGCGCAGGACACGGUAACGGGGGCGAAGGCGGGCGCGGAGAUCAAGGCCAAGGACGGGCGACUGUCUGCCGACGAGAUCGACAAGAUGGUUCAGGACGCGGAGAAGCACAGGGCGCAGGACGACGAGCUUGCCGACAAGAUGACCAUGCAGACGGCCUUGGAAGGGGCGGUGUACUCGGCUCUCAGCGCCGCGCGCACUAAGGGCGACACCGACCAGGUGGCCGCUCUGGAGAACGUGCGCGACUGGCUAGACUACGACUCGACCAACGCCACCCUCACCGAGAUGACGGCGAAAGCUGACUUCCUGAGGAACAACUUGGGCGUGGCGGUGAACACGGACUAGUAGGGUUUGUGAUUCGACGUGAUCGUCUUGCGGUUCGUCGGCUUGUCCCUUUCCGUCUUUUUUAGGAUAGAUGAUAGCUGAUUCCUCCUUUUUGAGAAGAAAAGUUGUGGUUGGGUGAGUAGCGGGAUAGAAGAAAGAAGCAGGGAGGGGUUCUGCGGGCCGCGUUUAAAUCAAACUGUUUGUGCUGACGGAGAGGAGAGAAUCAAAGAAAGCGCGUCACAAAUAUGUUUUUUUAUUUUUAUCCAUGAAGUACAAUGUUGUACUAGGUGGGUGCGAGGGAUAUGUGUCUGGUCAUGAGACCAGCGAUUUUGUAAACUCCCACGCGUAAUUUGAAGUCAGGAACGUUUUCGGUGUCUCGUGCCUUUUUUGUCCGUUCUGAAAGAUGAAAAAAUGUUGACGAAUUCACACGUACGAACUCC